GCCAGGAGCUGUUGACGUCAUUGGGCUGCGACCUAGUUCGACGUCAUAGGAGAGCCGGGCUGUCUUAAAGAGCGGAGUGGGAGUGGCGCGGAGCUGCAGGAGGUCCUGAGAACCGGAGUUGCUGCCCGCGGGAUCUGGAAGCUGUAUAAAAUAUUUCAAAAAUGACCACACCAAACAAGACGCCUCCUGGUGCUGACCCUAAACAAUUGGAAAGGACUGGAACAGUACGGGAAAUUGGGUCACAAGCUGUUUGGUCACUUUCAUCUUGCAAACCAGGAUUUGGAGUGGAUCAGUUAAGAGAUGACAAUCUUGAAACUUACUGGCAAUCAGACGGCUCCCAGCCUCAUUUAGUGAACAUCCAAUUCAGAAGAAAGACAACAGUGAAGACAUUAUGUAUUUAUGCAGACUACAAAUCUGAUGAAAGCUAUACUCCAAGCAAGAUCUCAGUCAGAGUAGGAAAUAAUUUUCACAACCUUCAAGAAAUUCGGCAACUUGAAUUGGUGGAACCAAGUGGCUGGAUACAUGUUCCUUUAACUGAUAAUCAUAAGAAGCCAACUCGCACCUUCAUGAUACAGAUUGCUGUUCUAGCCAAUCACCAAAAUGGAAGAGACACUCACAUGAGACAAAUUAAAAUAUACACACCAGUGGAGGAGAGCUCCAUUGGUAGAUUUCCUAGAUGUACAACUAUUGAUUUCAUGAUGUAUCGUUCAAUAAGGUGACUUUAAAAUGGAACAGAAGUCAUUAAACAUAUCGUUGUUUUAUCCUGUUGUUGUGUAUUGUAUCAAGUAUCUUUAUUAAAAGUGCAUCAGAUAUUUUGCAUUUUUAUAUACAUUUAAAAGUAUUUUAUUGUAGCUUUGACAAAUAAAUCAAUUUUGGGUACAUUA